CUGUGGGGACUGCUCUGUCACAUAAUCCUGUGGACUGCAGCAAGUGGAGAGGUACAGCUCGUUUGGAUGGAGCCUGUGUCUGCAUAUGUAAGCACUCGGGAAAAAGGAGUAAUUUAGCUCUCCUGCUCACUGCUAUGACCACUCCACUGGAAGAUGCAAUGGACACCCUGAUCAGGAUUUUCCAUCACUACUCGGGCAAAGAAGGAGACAGAUACAAGCUCAGUAAAGGAGAACUGAAGGAGCUCCUCACCAGUGAGCUCACUGACUUCCUUUCAGGCCAAAAGGACCCCCUCCUGGUUGAUAAAAUUAUGAAUGACCUGGACUCCAAUAAGGACAAUGAAGUGGAUUUUAAUGAAUUUGUCAUUUUAGUUGCUGCUUUAACAGUGGCAUGUAAUGACUUCUUUGAAGAACAGCUAAAGAAAGAGGAAUUUUAA